UGUCACUCAAGCCAAAUCUCGCUGUUUCAUCUGUUUGUGCCUUCGUCUCCAUUCGCGAUGCCACAUCCUUCCGACAGCCGGAAGUUCUUGACGCUUCCAGCGGUGCAGCCUGGCGGCGACGUCUCCCCGGCCGCCCUCCUCUGCGCCCUCGUCGCCCUCGCCGACGAGAUCCUCGCCCUUCGGUCGAACCCCUUCCCGAUCCACCGGCGCAGCGCCCGCGAGGCGAUCCGUCAGGUCGGGGCCAUCCUCGAGUUCCUGGCCGACGUCCGGGGCCGAGGGUCGGCCCUCCCGGCCUCCGCCGCCGUCGGCUUCUCAGAGCUCCACGUCGCGCUCCAGAAGCUUCGGCACCUACUCCAGGAUUGCGCCAGGCCGGGCGCCCGGCUGUGGGUGUUGAUGCGAUCGGAGCUGGUGUCGAACGAGUUUCAGAUGCUCGUUCGGUCGAUAUCCACCGCACUCGAUGUCCUCCCUCUGGCUUCCAUCGACGCCGCCCCGGAACUCAAGGAGUUGGUUCGGCUCGUUCGGGAGCAGGCGUGGAGGGCGACGGUCGGGACCGAGCCAGCCGAUGCUAUGGCUAUGAGGAGCAUGUGGUCGAUACUUGGCCAGUUCAAGAACGGCAUUGCUCCCAAUCGGAUCGAUCUCCGAUGGAUCUUGGAUCACUUGCGCAUUCGAAGCUGGAACUAUUGCAGCGAAGAGAUCGCGUUCCUGGAAGAGCUCUUCUUAGCGAGCCUUGACGACGAUGACGACAAGGAAGAGGCAGCCCUACUCGGCAGCUUAAUGGCGUUCAUGGUAUACUGCCGAGUGGUGCUGUUCGAUGCCGUGGACGACGAGAAGAGCAGCGAGAAGCAAUCGAAGGCCCGAGCAAAAGCCGUGAGUCAUGUCAACCUGGAUCAUCUCCGGUGCCCGAUCUCUCUCGAGCUCAUGACGGACCCUGUGACGAUAGCCACGGGGCAGACCUACGACCGAGCCUCCAUUUCGAAGUGGCUCAAAUCUGGGUGCCUCACCUGCCCAGUGACCGGCGAGAAGCUGGCCAACAACAGUCUGGUUCCCAAUUCCGCCAUAAGGAACCUCAUGGAACAGUUCUGCCACGAGACGAAGGUACCCAUUCCUGAGCCAAAUGGCAAGCCCAAGCGAGACCUGACGAGGACCGCGACGCCUCUCAGCGCGGCGGCAGCAGGAGCAACGAGAAUGGUGGCUGCCUUCCUAGUUCACAAGCUAGCGGUCGGGACGAACCAGGAGAAGAACAAGGCGGCUCACGAGAUCAGGAAGCUGUCCAAAUCGAACAUCUUUAACAGGGCUUGCUUGGUGGAAGCUGGCUCGGUCCCAUGGCUUCUCUACCACUUCUCCUCAUCAGAUCCUUCGAUCCAGGACAACGCAGUAGCUGCUUUGAUGAGCCUCUCGAAGCACCCAAGCGGCGGCAAGGCCAUCGUCGAGGCUGGCGGCCUCGGCCUCAUCGUGGACGUCAUCAGAGUAGCACUCAGGGUCGAGGCCCAGCAGAAUGCGGCGGCCAUCCUCUUCUACCUCUCAUCAGACGAGGUGUACCGGACAGAGAUAGGGCGGAUGGCAGAGGCGAUUCCGACACUGGUGGAGCUUUUAAGAGAAGGAACUUACCGGGGGAGGAAGAACGCCAUCGUCACACUCUACGGGCUGCUGCCGUGUCCCGAUAACCUGCGCAAGAUCCUGGCAGCAGGGGCGAUUCCGGCUCUCACAAGCAUUCUGUCGAGCGACAGAGCGGAUCUCGUCAACGACGCAGUCGCAGUGCUUGCGAAGAUCGCGGAGGGGCAUGACGGGACGACGGCGAUCCUGAAGUCGUCUGCUGUGCCUCAUCUGGUGGCAUUCCUUCGGUCAUCGACGUCUCGGUCUGGGAGGGAGAACUGCGUCUCUGCUCUACUGUCUCUCUGCAACAAUGGUGGAGCAAAGGUGGUCAGUUUACUCGAACAGAUCCCGGUGCUGAUGCCCUCGUUGUACACCCUUGUCACAGAAGGCUCUCCUCAGGCCGGCAAGAAGGCGAGAUCGCUGCUCAAUCACAUACACCAUCUCCACGACCAGGAAGACCUCAUCAUGAUGGGCAUUAUUGAUCCACAAUGACAGUGUUUGAUCUCUUAGGACGAUUCAUUCUUUCUUCUCUGCUCGUGACUUGGGAGCAUGUAGUCCCUUGUUUCAUCAGUUGGUGCAGGGAUUUCAGCUUUGUUUUUAGAGGAGCUGCAAUCCAGUAUGGUCUCAAAUAGACAUCACAACCUAUACUUGUAUAUAGAUAUAUAUUAUAUAAAUAUGUGCAAUUUUUCUGA